CAGAUUAGUUGAUUGAAGAGCAGGCUCAGCACUGGAUCGAUCAUCCUGAAGACAUCUGCGGAGCCACUGACUGUUCCCCUCUGUAUCUUCACGUAAUCAUCCGUCACUGUCUCCUCCAAUUAAGUUUCUCCAGUGGUGUCUUCUGCCAGUACCACCCCCCCUCUGAAUCCAGAUGUUCUUCACAGAUGACAGUGGCUGAUGUGUUUGAUCUGCCUGGCGUUCAUUUCCGCUAGGGACUAAAAGCCAACAAGUAGAGGAACACCCAUUAAAAGAUGUAUGAUGAGAGACGGCCAUCUGAAGAUGAUUCAUCUGCUUCAGUACAAGAUGAUGAGAGCAAAAGGGAAGCAAAUUAUAUUAAGGUGGAGAACAGCAGCAGUGAAAAUGCUCACAUCGCAGAGCAGUCAGGGAACUGUGUACCUCCAGGGCAUUACAGACAAGGAUACUGCAGCUGCUGCCAAGUACAUUACAUUAACCUAGAAAAGCAUCUUGCAAGUGACAAUCACAGACAGCUGUCUACAUGCCACAGGAACCGUCUGGCAACCAGCAUGUUGAUGGAGCGUUUCCUGCAGGAUGUGCACCUGUAUCACCCAGAGAAUUAUCAUGAUAUAAGACCAACAUAUGAUGAUAUACCAGAAACAAACAUAGUUUCUUCUACUAAAGAAGACCAGCUUUGUAAUCCACAUUUCCAAACACAAAGAAAUGAGCCUCCUUCUAUGGUACUAAGUCAAAGCUUGGGCAUGAACAACUUAUCUACAGGUGGUUCACAGUGCAACUACAGGAAAAUUACAUUUACUCAAUGUUAUGGUAGAAAUCUUGAACAGGGACACAGUUCCAAAAGUGGUGGACCUCAUGAAAGUAUUCUAAAUGUUAACACUAAAUUAACUUGUUGCCAAGAAAUAGAAGGUAAAGUAGGAAAUGUUGCAACGUGCAGUUCUCCAUUUAAGUGUUUGCCUUUGAAUUCAUCUAGCCAGCAGAAAAACAAUAGUUGUGAUACACCUCAUUCCAUAUUAUGUGUAGAAUCAAGUAAAAAUAAAGGGACACUUUAUGGAGAGAGGCAUCAUGGGCUUAAUGUAACCACAUGUUCUACAACUGGUUUGGAAAACAGGCCAUUUCAUUCCCAAAGCAGCUGUUACAACGUGACCUCAGGAUCAUUAUGUGGCAUCAAAAACAUAUUUAAAUCUCAGGAGGGGAAAGACAAUAUUCUCAGGGAUUUUCUGGUGGACAAAAGGCAAAGAGAUGCUACUGAUGAAAGUAAUAUAUUAAGAGGCAAUAAAACAACGGUGGAUGACAUAAUUGAUGAAGUCAUAUGGAAAUACUGCCAAAAUUCCUCAUCAAAGAUGCUUCAAGAAAAAGAUAACGAGAGUGUUUUAUCUUUAAAUGUUCAGUCCAUUAUUGGUAAAACUGAGGCCUCGAGCUUAAGUUUUGACUGGAAUGUACCAAUUCAGUUUGAAGAAGAUCAUUCAAAGAUGAUAAAUUUAGAUUUCCUCAAGGAGUCCAAUGUAAAUGUUGAUGAAGACUACAAGACAAAACUUAAGUGUGUUCUAAGAACAAGUCCCAUUAAAGAAAAAGAUAUAAAGUCUGACCCAGAAGAAGAAAUUCUUCCAGCACUGCCUCACGUGCCUCCAUCUUUUGUUGGUAAAACCUGGUCUCAAGUCAUGUAUGAAGAUGACUUAAAAGUAGAAUCUCUGGUUAAACAGUUUAGAAAAGGAAAAUUUCAUUGCUACUUCGAAGAGGGACAUUUAAUAAAUGGUGGCAGCAAGAGACAUCGUAAGAAUAAAGAGGCUGCAAAGAAAUGUGAAGUAAAAAUUGAAGUCUUGAAAGAAUCUGAAAGCUUUGAUGUGCUACCGUUAUUAGAUCAUCACUCUGAUAUUGAUAGCAUUAUAUCAGAAAAACUGGUGCAGCCCAAGCUUCCUAAACCCUGUAGAAGAACAUGCAGACAAGUUUCAAGAUGCCAGAUUGUUAAAGUAAGUCAUGGUACUCAGACAAGUUUGGUCAAUUUUCCUGUAAUAAAGAAAAAAGUACUUAGAAAUGAACAACAAGGGGUUUUUGAUGUUGUGGAAGAAAAGACACCAGACAUGAAAACGCGGACUUGUGCUUUAAAACUUCCAGAGUACUACACCAAAAUAUUAACUCCUUUACAACCCAAGACAAUGGUGUAUGUUCUUUCUCAUCCAGACUUAAAACCAAGUACUAGUAAAGCGGCUUCAGUCUAUAGCAGAGGUCGUAACCGAUACUCUACUGAUAGUAGAGACUCUAUAUUUUACAAAUAUAAGCAAUCCACUCUGAAGUAUUAUGACCCUUUGACUAAUCGCAUUCUUAAAACCCCUCCAAGAAACUCUUUGCGUGGUAUGGGUAUUAAGGCACCCUGUGUUCGGAAGCUGUUUCGUACACUGAGUAGUGAUGUGAAUGUUGAUAACCUAGAAUUUGAGCAAAAGGAGUCUAGUAAUUCUAAAAAGUCUUUGUCUUUAAGUAGUUGUUCUGUUGGCUCUCUACAUUUUGAAUCUAGCACAGGAAAAGAUCUAAAUUCAAGCAUUAAAGGAUGUGGAUCAUCAGCAAGCACAGCCUGUGUGAAGACUGGACACACUGAUAAGCCAUAUGCAAAUUUCCGCCUUUCCCCCUUUAAUACCAGUUUUACCCAAAAUAAGGAGGACACCCAGCAUAGUCCCAUUAUUACAAAAUCGAUUACAAAAGCAUUAAAACCAAAGAAAGUUAUAAGAAGAGAAUCUUCUAAACCCUCAACAAGGAUAACCAGGGCAAGAAUAGAACCUAGGGUUGUCACAAAGUCCAAGAACACUAGAAUGGGUAAAAAACUAACACAAGGUAAAGCUGCACGCAAUAAGCAGCCAAGAAGAAAAAUUUCGACAGAAGUUGCAAAACCAACCAGGGGAAUAGUUCAGACUCUUCAGCCCAGUAAGAAAGUUAGAGGCCGAAGGAGUCAACAGUCUACUGAGGAGCAUGGAAAGGCACUUGAAAAGUCACAAUUUGCUUCACAAAGGCCUGCAAAAAGAAAGCCAAACGUAUCUAAAGCAGUAUCAAAGAAGAAUACUCGCACAAACUACCAAGACAAAAUUGUUAAAAGAACUCGUAGCAGAGUCUCUGAGGGUCUUGUCCAUAGCACCAUACGCCAACUGAGGAGUAGGCACAAAGCUUCCAUGGAUUCUAGUUCAAGAACUAUCACUAACACAAUGACAAGUAAAAAAGUCAGAUGAUGGACAGAACAAAUUUACUUCCAAGCUUAAACGCUAAAACACUGCUGAAAAACGGGUUUUAUAAUACAACGUUUUUUUAUGUUUCGUAUACAUUUGCAGUUUAAACUAUUAAGCUAAUUUCAAAGUUGUUUUACACAUUUCCAUUUUUAUAGAUACCUAAUGUAAAAUUCUAGAUUUGUUUAUUUUUAUAGAUACCUAAUGUAAAAUUCUAGAUUUGUUUAUUUUAUAAAAUUGUGCUAACUAAAAUAAUUUCAUGGUUUCUGUGUCACUGGAUUGCAUAUUACAAAUCCGGUCA